AUGGCCGGUCGAACACUCCCCUCAACACCUGCCUACUCGUACGCAUACUCGACCGUCGUCGCCCCGGCCCCGACACCCGUCUCCUCCCCUCUACCGAUCCACUCCGAGCCGACCGCAUCCACCUCGACCCUCGAAACCGAGACCACGACCACACCACCAACACCGAAGAAGAGUUCGGCACCGACCGGGAACGAACCGGAGCCAAGGCUGCUGUCCUACUUUGUACGGAGGACCGCGGGCGGCGAGUUGCCCGUCUACGUCGACGUUCUCCACGGCGGGUCCAAGCGGCUUACGCUCAUUCGCAAAGUCGACGGCAAUCUCGAGGUAGGUCCAUGUUCCAUAAUCGCAAAAUUGCAGGUGGUGUCACGUUGGGUCAACGACUAAUCAGAGAUUAUCCUUUCAGGCUCUGAGGCAAGAUUUGUCGCAAUACCUGGUCGGAGUCCCCAACUACAUCAAACCGCACGCGAGGCAAGUCGUCGUCAAGGGGGAUUAUGUCCGGCAGACCAAGGAAUGGCUUGCCGCGAUGGGCUUCUAG